UCCGCAAAUUUCGGCGCGCCAAAAAUGCGAAACUUCGUGAAACGCGAAACUAGUACACUCCGGGUAUUUAUUAUAAAUUGGAGGUCCGACAAAAAAUUUUUUCUUUGAAUAUUGACUAUAUUUUUAUAUGCAGAAUUAAUCUCACGACAGUCUUAAUUAAUAAUCUCAUAAUAACUGAAUAAAUAUCUCGACAAUAUUUUUUAAAAAUUAUUUUAAAAAUUGUAUAUUAAUUUUCAAUUUUAUUUCUUUUUUUAAAUUUUUAAAUUUAUUUACAAGGAAAUUUAGAUCUUUUGAAAAAAAUUUGACAAAAAAAUGAAUUCAAACUCAGACAAGUUGACUCAUCAAAAUAUGUCAAAGGAUGCAAGCCUGGCUUCAUUAGAAAGUGGAUUUAUUAAUUUAACUGGGUUUAAAACAAAAGAACAAAUGGCUGUUGAAAUUGGUUUAAUUUCUAAUAAAAUUGAGAAAAAGAAAGCUACCAAAAUUUUUAUAAAAAGAGGAAAAGGAGCCUACUCUUUCGAAGAGCUGGACGAGAAGAAAAAUGACUUAGUUAAUAAGGCGUCUUGGGGAUCUACUACAAAUUGUUUUUCAUCAAUCAACUACAACCAUCUUGCUUCUCUAUUUAACAAAUUUAUGGUAACAAUAUUUCUAAUUUUGGUCUUUGUGUUUGUAACAGCUUUCUUCUCCUAUAUUUCUAUCGAUGUUGUUUUUUAUUCUAUAAAUUGUAAAAAGGAUUCUUUGGACUCUACAAUUUUCUUUGGUUCCUUAAUUUUAUCAAUCUCCUUUGCAGGUCUCUUAUUUUAUUUUGUUGCUCUUCACAAAACGUUAAUAAACCUCCAACCUUCUUUAACUACCUCAAAAUGCUUCUCUACUCUUUUUAAAAUUAUUCCAAAUGUGUUGGUAUUUAUCAUAGCUUUUCUUUCCUUGAUAGUUAUUUUUUCUUCUUUUCAUGUCAAUAUUACAAGUUUAACUAUUGAAAAUACUUAUAAUUUUGAAGUAAGGGUUUUUGGUGCUUUUUUCUUUUCAUGUUGCUUCUUUUGUUCGCUAUACCUUUAUUCUUCUUGUUUAAAGACAGUAAUUAACAAAUUCCCUCUUACAAUUGAUUCGAUUGUGGAAUUUUUCGUUUAG